GCACAUGUUUGUUGAUAAGAUAGGAUUAAAGAAAUGAUUUUGAGUGCAACUUACUGACUACCGACAUCAGAUCUCACGUCUUCACAGUUUAAUUUAAUAUUUCUAAAUUCCUCUUGAAGUUAUACUUCCUUAGUCAUGGCAGGUAAAAUGAUUGACCUAAAAAAUUUGAACGUGCAGCAACUUGCAAAAAUGAAGGAACAGGUAUACAAAGAAGUGAGUUUAAUACAAGACUCAUUGCAAUCUUUGAAGAUAGCACAGAAAAGGUACAUUAGUUCACAAGAGGCACUGGAAAGUGCCAAAGGACGACCAUCUGGUACAUCCAUGAUGAUUCCUUUAACCAAGUCCAUGUACGCCGCUGGACAAUUAGCCAAUCCCGAGCAUGUAACAGUGUGCAUAGGUGCAGGAUAUUUUUUAAAGCUAGAGAUUGACGACGCAAUUCAAUACUUCAAAAGACGUGUCAACUUCCUUGUGGAACGUAUGGAAGGCAUCCAACAGAUUGGGUUAGAAAAACAGAAGUUACAGAAUGUUGUUACUGAAGUACUAGAGAUGAAAAUACAACAAGCUCAAACUGAAAAUAAACAAUAAUUAUUAUGCUAACCCUUUUUUAUUAUUUUUUCCUAACAUUCAAUUGAUAUAAAACUAAAUAUUUUGUUUUUAAUACUUAUUAAACUAAUCAAAUUGUCUUUGAAUAUUUUCUGUAGAUGAUUGGUACUGCUUCUUGUCCUUCUUAUCAAAGCAUAUUUUUUGUAUCGAAUGAAUAUUUUUUACUGUCAGCAAAUUUAAUAUUCAUGUGUUAAAUUAUUGAACUAAAAUAUUAUAUGUAUUUAAGAAUCUAACAAUUAAAGUAUAUAUCAAUUAUUAAUAGAUCACAUUUUUAAAUAUUUGAAUUGGGAAAUCAUUCAAUUAUCAUAUGUAUAUUCAUACAAAAUUACAAAAGUAUGUAACAGUAAUAGACACACUAUUGAUUUACUUAUUUAUAGCAGUGUUUGUAUAUUUUAUGGUAAAUAUAAGGGAAUGCUAAAUGUUUUCUGCUAAGCUAACUGAUUACCGCCAAGGCUUAACCAGGC